AUGAUCUAUGGAUCUACUGGAGGUACCCACUUCGAUCAAUUAGCCAAGAUUUUGACCGGAUUUUGA